AUGGCUCCAUCUACUAAGGCUACUGCUGCCAAGAAGGCUGUUGUCAAGGGUUCUAACGGUAAGAAGGCUUUGAAGGUCAGAACCUCGGCCACCUUCCGUUUGCCUAAGACUUUGAAGCUGGCCAGACGUCCUGCGUACGCCUCCAAGUCCGUGCCACACUACAACAGACUGGACUCCUACAAGGUCAUCGAGCAGCCAAUCACCUCCGAGACUGCCAUGAAGAAGGUCGAGGACGGCAACACCUUGGUUUUCCAGGUCUCUAUCAAGUCUAACAAGCACCAGAUCAAGAAGGCCGUCAAGGACUUGUACGAGGUCGACGUCAGAUCCGUCAACACCCUGGUUAGACCAAACGGCACCAAGAAGGCCUACGUCAGAUUGACCGCCGACUACGAUGCUUUGGACAUUGCCAACAGAAUUGGUUACAUUUAA